AUGACCUCGACGCACACCGACUCCAGCUCAGCACCGUCCGCCCCGUCCUCGCCCGCUACGAUUAUGACUUCCACGCAAACCGACACGGCGACCCAGCCCGCAGUCGACAACUCGCUCGACGACAUCUUCGGGUCGUCGCCGCCCCGCGACGAGGUCCGACACGCAGUCCCUGAGCGUGCUCCCGAGACGGCCACUACAGCAGAGCCUUCUGAUCUGCCAUCGCUGCGAAGACAACAUGUCACCGCGGGCUACCGGGAUGGCGUGGCGACCUCCAAAGGCGAGCACGUCCAGAGCGGCUUCGACGCGGGGUUCCCGGUGGGCGCUCAGCUGGGGAUGCGGGCGGGGACAGUGCUCGGGAUUAUGGAGGGCAUUCUACGCGGGCUGGAGGAGCGCAGUGGUUAUGCGGUGAAGAAACCCGAGGCGCAGGGUGUGGCGGGGUCUUCGUCUACAUCGGACGGGCCAACAAGCGAUGCCGCCAAGGCAGAGACCCGCCGUCAGAAGAAAGCGCAGGUUCUGAAGCUGUACCAGCUUGCUCUCAAGGAUCUCGACGUGCAGUCUGUGUUUACGGGUGGCGAGGCAGGUGCCGGGGCAGGGACUCCAGCGGAGAUCGUGCCGAGCGGGCAAGCAGGGGAGCGGGCAGAGACACAACUGGCGCGAAAGGGAGACGUAGCAAUCUCGAAAUGGGAGGGAAGGGUCGCCGUGCCCCGGUGGGAAGAGAACAUGGAAGCCCUGGAGGAGAAAGAAAACCAGGGAGCAAAAACAGGAGACAAGGGCGGGACGAUUGAGCAAAGCUGA